CAAACUACUGCCCCCAAGUCAGUCAAAUGAUAAAUAUCUUUCAAGAAAAAUGUCUAAGAAUGCUACAAGGGAAGAAAGCACUGCUGUGUCCAUAUACUCGCACGCAAUCCUGCUGAGACUCUAAUCACAUCUCACCUGUAACAAUGGCAGGAGUUUUUGCCAAUACCUUGGAGACGAUCACCGAGUUAUCGACGCUUCAUGCCCUUCAAUAUCUGGGACCCGUUUGGGAUGGAGUUCCUGAGCAGCUCCAAAAGCUCCGCAUAUCCUUACUGUUUAUCCAACCACUUGUUGAAGAUGCAGAGGAGAGGCAGUUGACGGACCAGGCUGUCAGGUGCUGGCUUUUGCUGCUCAAAGAUGCAAUCUAUGACUCUGAAGACGUUCUUGACGAGGCCAAGACGCAUGAACUACUACUCAUCCACCGCAAGGCAGAGCUUUCUGGUCGACCAAGAAGCAAGGUGCGUGGAUUCUUUUCUCUUGAUCAUAAUCCACUCUUAUUUAAGCUCCAGUUGGGGAAGAAGCUCAGAAAAGUCAAUGAGAGAAUAGAUCGCCUCAUUAAGGAGAUGCACAAGUUCAACCUCAGGGCUGUUGAAAACAAUAACAAAAAACUUUUGAGGAACAGACCUCAAACCUACUCGUAUGUGCAUGAAUCACGAGUUAUUGGAAGAGAUGAAGACAAAAAGAAGUUAGUGCAGAUGCUGAUCAGUGAUUGUUUUGAAGAAAAAAUUGCUGUGGUUUCUAUAGUCGGUAUGGGUGGUUUGGGUAAGACAACACUUGCUCAGUUAGUCUACAGAGAUGAAGAAGUCCAGAAGCAUUUUGAACUGCAUAUAUGGGUAUGUGUUUCUGAUGAUUUUGAUUUGCCAAAGCUUGCAGCAAAGAUCAUACAUACAGCUUCUGAGGAGAUUUGCGAUCAUACAAACAUGGAGGUGCUGCAACAGCAUCUGCGAAAAGUCUUGGAACAGAAGAAAUACUUGCUGGUAUUAGACGAUGUAUGGAAUGAAGAUUUCCAAAAGUGGGAUGCUCUUAGAAACAUGUUGCUUGAUGGAGGAGAAGGAAGCAGAAUUCUCGUGACCACACGCAAUGAGAAAUGCUCCAGAGUAAUGGGUGCACAGAAACAUCAUAUUCUAAGGGGUUUAUCAGAAAAAUCCUCUUGGGCUUUAUUUGAAAAGAAAGCAUUUGCUAUAGGUGCACCGAAGCAACCAAAAUUGGUGGAAAUUGGUGAAAAGAUUGUCAAAAAAUGUCAAGGGUUGCCUCUUGCCGUAGAAGUAUUGGGGUGUAUUAUGAGUUGCAAGAGUGAAGAAAGUGAAUGGCAGGCUGUGUUAGAAAAUGAAACAUGGAAGUUACAACAUACAGAAAAUAAAAUCAUACCAGAGCUGUGGCUAAGCUAUGUUGAUUUGCCUACUCAUUUAAAGAAAUGCUUUGCCUUCUGUGCCAUAUUACCAAAGGAUGACGAUAUUGUGGAAGGGAGGCUUAUUCAAUUUUGGAUGGCUCAGGGGUUUAUUCCAUCUCAAAACGGAAAAGGGAAUGAUAUGAAUGUUGAAGGGCGAGACGUUUUCACUGAGUUGAUAAGGAGGUCUCUUUUACAAAAUGAUUAUUCUCUUGACGCAAGUAAAUAUGGAAGAGUGUGUAAGAUGCACCAUCUCAUCCAUGAUCUCGCACUUUUUGUUAUGGAGAAUGAAUGCUUCCCAUUGUUGAAAAGCAGUCCAACUACCAAAAUCCCACGAAGGCCACGCCAUUUAAAUUUACAAUUUGAUGAAAAUUAUAACCAAGGUGAUUGCUCCAUCAUCCAUACUGUGCUAUAUUGUCAAAGAGACUAUAGACUAUUGUCAAAGCUGAAGUUGGUGAGAGUGCUCGACUUGAGUGAAGCAGACAUUGAAGAGUUGCCUGCCUCAAUAGAGCAUUUGCACCAUCUAAGAUACCUUGAUAUUUCUUUUACUGGUAUUAGGAAACUACCAGAAUCAAUUUGUAUGUUGGUUAAUCUGCAGACAUUGAAUCUUUAUGGUUGUUAUGAACUUUCCAAGCUUCCCAAGAGCAUAACAUACAUGGACAGUCUUAGACAUCUCCUUAUUGAUUAUUGGCCAGAGUUUGAGGCACUCCCUCCUGGUUUGCAUCAAUUACAAAACUUGAAAUCUCUAACAGCAUAUACUGUGGAAGUUGAUGCAGAGAACAACAUAGGACAAUUAAAGUCCUUAAAUCUCUUUGGUGAACUUGCUUUGUAUAACCUCCAGAAGGUGAAAAAUGCUGAUGAUGCUAGAAAGGCUAAUUUGGGUAACAAACAACAUAUUCACAUAUUAAAAUUAAGUUGGGGAGAUGAUGAAUGUUGUUCGAUGGAAAAUGCGAAGGAGGUGUUGGAAGCCUUAAAACCUCACGGUGGAGUAAAAGAACUUAUUGUUAGUCAUUAUCCUGGCAAACAAUUUCCAAUGUGGAUGAGAGAAAGGCAACAAUUCCAAUAUCUACAUCACUUGGAACUGCUUAAAUGCAGAGCAUGUGAGCAACUCCCUCCACUUGAGAUAUUACCAUGUCUCGAGUCUCUCAAAAUCAGUAAAUUGGAUGGCAUCAAACACAUUGUUAACAAUAGAAGAGGCAAUGCGCUGCAAUUGUUCCCUGCAUUGAAGACGCUAGAGCUAGAAUCAAUGAAGAAUCUAGAGGGCUGGUGUGUGGAGGAGGGUAGAGAAGAAAAUCAGUCCUUGUUUCCGCGGCUUACUUUUAUAAAUAUUACAAAAUGCCCCAAGUUGACAACGGCACUAGAGAUAUUACCCUGUCUUGAGGAUCUUUUUAUGUAUGAAAUGGAUGGCAUCAAACACAUUGUUAACAACAGAGGAGGCAAUGCACUGCAAUCUUUCCCUGCAUUGAAGAAUUUGACGUUGUCUGGACUGAGGAACCUAGAGGGCUGGUGUGUGGAGGAGGGUAGCGAAGCAAAUCUCUCCUUGUUUCCCCACCUUACUUUUAUACAUAUUACAAGAUGUCCCAAGUUGACAACGCCACUAGAGAUAUUACCCUCUCUUGAGCAUCUUAUUAUGAUAGAAAUGGAUGGCAUCAAACACAUUGUUCACAACAGAAGAAGCAAUACACUGCAAUCUUUCCAAGCAUUGAAGAUUCUAGAGUUGAAAUCAAUGAAGAACCUAGAGGGGUGGUGUGUGGAGGAGGAUAGAGAAUCAAAUUUGUCCUUGUUUCCAUGCCUUAUUAGGAUGGAUAUUAGAGGAUGCCCCAAGUUGACAACUUUGUUACUAGAGAUAUUACCCUGUCUUGAGUCUCUCAAAAUGCAUGAAAUGGAUGGCAUCAAACACAUUGUUAACAGUAAAAGGAGCAAUGCGCUGCAACCUUUCCCUGCAUUAAAGACUCUAGUGUUGAAAUCAAUGAAGAACCUAGAGUGGUGGUAUUUGGAGGAGGGUAGAGAAGCAAAUCUGUCCUUGUUUCCAUGCCUCAUUCAUAUGGAUAUUACAGGAUGCCCCAAGUUGACAACCAUGCCACCCAUCCCCACUCUGGAAGAUUUAGUGAUAAUAAAAUCAUUCUGUGAGACACAAAUCUCUGUCAUGCCCACGGAAAGAAGAUUCUUCAAGCAUUUGAAAUCUCUUCGGAGUUUGAGGAUAAAUUCUUGUAGCCAGGAGUUGGUUUCCUUGCUAGAAGAUGAAGACGAAACGACAGCCAUGAAGUCGUCACUUGAGAAAUUAUGUAUUGCCGAUUGCAAUCAGCUAUCCUUGACAUUUGUUUUGCGGAAUCUUUCAUCUCUAAGGUAUCUGAAUGUUUCGUACUGCAAUGCCCUGAGAGAAUUGCCUAUAUGUCCUAAAUCACUCCAAUCCUUGAUUAUUGACAAUUGUCCAGGCAUCAAGUGUUUGUCUCCAGAAAUGGGACACCUUACUUCACUAUUCUAUUUAUGGUUAUCUGAAUGUCCCAAGCUGGUAUCUCUGUCAGACGGGAUGCAAGGCCUCACUUCCCUUGAGUCACUACAUAUUCAAGAUUGUCCGAUGCUGAAGUCAUUCCCAGAAGGCCUCCAACAACUACUUCCUAGUAUUAAAUCACUGACACUCCAAGGAUGCCCAGAGUUAGAGAGGUUAUGCAAGCUUGGAGGAGACUAUUAUAACCUUCUCUCUCCCAUCUCAUAUAAACAAAUAGGAAUACAGCCAAAACAGACAACCCAAGUUCCUAGUGGGAUUAGUUCUAGUGACAAACAAGCUUUGAAGUGGACAACCACAAAUCCCUUCCUUCUAUCAGCAAUGUUCAUUUGUGCUAUUGCCUGUUUCAUAUAUGUCUUUUCCCACAAACUUCAUAGCCAGAGUGAGCAAGACUUUUGCUAUAUCCCCCCAACAUGAAGACCAAAAGCGAAGGGAGUUUGAAUUCAGAAUGAAAUGGAAGCAUAUCAUUUUCAUGUCAGUUCAAUUAGCAAGAUCAAUGCUUGGUGUACGAUAUGCGAAUAUGUUCUUUAUAUGACUUUUCCAAUAUGAAUCAAUAGUCCAAUGGAAGUCCAAAAUCUCAAUUGGAAGAGGCAAAGUGUUCUUAAUUAACAGCUCAUAAAUAUCUAAUUUUGUUAAAUAGACCUUUCUCUUAAAUUAUAUAUAGCCACUUGCUGCAGGAGCAAGUUGAAUAGACAAAGAAAACAAGAGGGAAAAUAAACAAGAUUAAAAGUAAAAUCCAUGACUCACAACUCCUCUCAUUAAUAAUUUCGGCUUCUCCAUUCCUUGAUGAAAUAAUGGUAGUGUAGGAGAAAUUUUUUGCUGAACAGCAAGCAUAUUUGUAAGUUGAUUCCAAUCUCUGGGAAUAGAGGUAA